AUGCCCACGAAUAACGUUCAAGCUCUCCUUUCCACAAAUAUCCCGGAUCCGAGUGAUUUCCCUAUGACAGACUUACGACAACUGGAUGCGAGUCUGCGAUGCACAAUUUGCGGCGAAUUGUACGAUGCACCCAUAACGCUUGCCUGUGGGCACUGCUUCUGCUCACUCUGUAUUCGAGAACACAUUGUCAAAGAAUCGGAGUGCCCAAGCUGUAGGAAGUCGACGAGUGAAAGUCAAUUUAGGACAAAUCCAGUUCUUGAGGCAGCAGUGAGCGCAUGGAAAACUGCACGGCUCUCUCGUGAAGAACAAGACCGCACCAGAAGGAGGCAAAAAGAGCGAACACCCCGUCGGUCCCAAACCCCGUUGAUCAACGGUAAGAAGCGCCAGCGAAGUACCAGUUCAGUGUCUUCCGAUUCGGAUGUCGUCAUGGUUCCGGGUCCUUCUAAUUCAAGCCAGUUUCCCUCAUCCCCGGUGCCAAGUAAGUCCAAGCGCUCGAGAAGGCAAGACAUGGAGCCUUCAUCGGAUCCCCAAGAGGAAGAGAUGGUGCAAGGGGGUCAGAUGGUAAACUGUCCCGUCUGCAACGUGUCUAUUGUCAUGGGGGAUAUCAAUACUCAUUUAGACUCGGGAUGCCAGAAAAAAUCAUUUAAUACACCCGGUGCUGCGAUAUCAGGCGCCAAAGAUGAAUGGACAAAGUUAUUUUUAAAAAAGGGAAAGAACAGAGACAACGGGAUUGAUGCGAACAGUGCAACGGAGCGCAUACCCAAGGCGUCGUACGAUCUAUUGAAGGACAAACAAGUCAAAGAUUUGUUGCACGCUCACAGUUUACCCAUCCUCGGUGACAGGAAAACGUGGAUUGCUCGACAUCAGCGCUGGGUCAUGAUUUUCAAUGCCAAUUUGGAUAAGUCCGUAUCUAACAGGAAGAACACGAAAGAAUUACGCAUCGAAUUAAAGAAUUGGGAAGAUAGCAGAAAGCGAAGACAUCUUGUGGAUAAUACGACAACUCACGUAUUGAAUAAUCAAGGAGAGUUUGUACGGCUAAUUGCCGAAGCGCGGAAUAGCAAGACUAGAAAAGAAUCUAGUCCGACAGUCGUGUGGCAACAUUCUCAAGAUGAUGACGUAGUCGCAGAUUCUGAAGAAGAGGAUCAACCACUUUCGUAAGCCAACUAUCCCUAUCUAAAAAUCUACUACAGAUAUGUAUUGUACGUUGUGUUUUGUCAUGCUGUUCGGCAGCGAGAGCAUGAUGUGAAGACACCCUUGCGUUCCCGCCGGCUAGUCCAGAAGCUGUGUGGGUCGAUUUCCUUUUUUUGACCCUCGGAUUUGGGUACACAACCUAGCCCCGUUCAAGUGGUUCACUCAGUUUCGUGGGUGGUGUGUGUAGUUCAAAACAAGGUA